GCGGCUCUAGGAGCUGGUGGGAGCAGAUGGCGGCGGCGGAAGCGGUGGCGCACAAUGACCCCGGACCUGCCCAAGAGCUGCUGGUGGCCUGGAAUACCGUGAGCACCGGACUGGUGCCGCCGGCCGCUCUGGGACUGGCAUCCUCCCGGACCAGCGGCGCGGUCCCUCCAAAAGAGGAGGAGCUCCGGGCGGCGGUGGAGGUCCUCAGGGGCCACGGUCUGCACUCGGUCCUGGAGGAGUGGUUCGCAGAGGUGCUGCAGAACGACCUGCAGGCUAACAUAUCCCUCGAGUUCUGGAAUGCCGUCUCCCAACGUGAGAACUGUGCAGACGAGCCCCAGUGCCUUCUGCUGCUCCUCGAUGCUUUCGGGCUCCUGGAGAGCCGCCUGGAUCCCUACCUGCGUAGUCUAGAGCUCCUGGAGAAAUGGACUCGCCUGGGCUUGCUUAUGGGCACCGGUGCUCAGGGGCUUCGGGAAAAGGUUCAUACCACGUUGCGGGGUGUCUUGUUCUUUUCCACUCCCAGAACUUUUCAGGAGAUGAUCCAGCGCCUCUAUGGGCGCUUCUUGAGAGUUUACAUGCAGAGUAAGAGGAAAGGAGAAGGAGGAACCGACCCCGAACUGGAGGGGGAAUUGGACAGCAGAUACGCCCGCCGCCGGUACUACCGCCUCCUGCAGAGCCCACUCUGUGCCGGAUGUGGCAGUGACAAGCAGCAGUGCUGGUGCCGCCAGGCGCUGGAGCAGUUCCACCAGCUCAGCCAAGUCCUACACAGGCUUAGUCUGCUGGAGCGGGUCAGUGCCGAGGCUGUGACCACCACCCUGCACCAAGUGACCCGGGAGAGGAUGGAGGACCGCUGUCGGGGCGAGUAUGAGCGCUCCUUCCUGCGUGAGUUCCACAAGUGGAUUGAGAGGGUGGUCGGCUGGCUGGGCAAGGUGUUCCUGCAGGACGGCCCCAGCAGGCCUGCGUCCCCAGAGGCUGGGAGCACCCUGCGCCGGUGGCGCUGCCACGUGCAGAGGUUCUUCUAUCGCAUCUACGCUAGCCUGCGCAUCGAGGAGCUCUUCAGCAUCAUCCGAGACUUCCCGGACUCCCGGCCAGCCGUGGAAGACCUCAAGUACUGCCUGGAGAGGACCGACCAGAGGCCGCAGCUUCUUGUGUCCCUCAAGGCUGCCCUGGAGACGCGACUCCUCCACCCAGGCGUGAAUACAUGUGACAUCAUCACCCUGUACAUCUCCGCCAUCAAGGCGCUGCGUGUGCUGGAUCCGUCCAUGGUUGUCCUGGAGGUGGCCUGUGAGCCCAUUCGCCGCUACCUGAGGACGCGGGAGGACACGGUGCGGCAGAUCGUGGCAGGGCUGACCGGGGACUCGGAUGGGACGGGGGACUUGGCUGUUGAGCUGUCCAAGACGGACCCGGCAAGCCUGGAGACUGGCCAGGACAGCGAGGAUGACUCCGGCGAGCCAGAGGACUGGGUCCCCGACCCUGUGGACGCGGAUCCAGGGAAGUCCAGCUCUAAGCGGCGCUCCUCGGACAUCAUCAGCCUGCUGGUCAGCAUCUAUGGCAGCAAGGACCUCUUCAUCAACGAGUACCGCUCGCUGCUGGCCGACCGCCUGCUGCACCAGUUCAGUUUCAGCCCCGAGCGGGAGAUCCGCAACGUGGAGCUGCUGAAGCUGCGCUUUGGCGAGGCCCCGAUGCACUUCUGCGAGGUCAUGCUCAAGGACAUGGCAGACUCGCGCCGCAUCAACGCCAACAUCCGCGAGGACGACGAGAAGCGCCCCGCGGAGCAGCAGCCGCCAUUCGGGGUCUACGCUGUCAUCCUGUCCAGCGAGUUCUGGCCGCCCUUCAAGGACGAGAAGCUGGAGGUCCCCGAGGACAUCAGGGAGGCCCUGGACGUCUACUGCCGGAAGUACGAGAAGCUGAAGGCCUCCCUGGAGUGGGCUUUCCUGUCCGUGUUUCUACCAGUAGCCUCUCCAGGGCAACCCAGGAGUUUAUGGGCACGCAGCUCAAAACUUUCCCGGCCCUCCCCAUCCCCCAACACCACAGCCACGUCCACGUGUUCUAAAAAGGCCAUGCGGACGCUCAGCUGGAAGCACACCUUGGGCCUGGUGACCAUGGAUGUGGAGCUGGCUGACCGUACCCUGUCUGUGGCGGUGACCCCUGUGCAGGCAGUGGUCCUGCUGUACUUCCAGGACCAAGCCAGCUGGACCCUGGAGGAGCUGAGCAAGGUGGUGAAGAUGCCCGUGGCACUGCUGCGGCGGCGCAUGUCGGUGUGGCUGCAGCAGGGUGUGCUGCGGGAGGAGCCGGCCGGCACCUUCUCGGUGGUGGAGGAGGAGCGGCCCCAGGACCGGGACAGCAUGGUGCUCGUGGACAGUGACGACGAGAGCGACUCGGGCCUGGCCUCGCAGGCUGACCAGAAGGAGGAGGAGCUGCUGCUCUUCUGGACGUACAUCCAGGCCAUGCUGACCAACCUGGAGAGCCUGUCGUUGGAGCGCAUCUACAGCAUGCUGCGCAUGUUCGUGGUCACCGGCCCCGCGCUGGCCGAGAUCGACCUGCAGGAGCUCCAGGGCUUCCUGCAGAGGAAGGUGCGCGACCAGCAGCUUGUCUACUCUGCUGGCGUCUACCGCCUGCCCAAGAGCUGCGGCUGAGCCGUCGCCAGGACCCGCCCCCGGCCCACACCCCGCCCAGCCCCCAGGAUGAGAGUAAAACAGACGGUUCUUCCUCCUUCCCUGUCCUGCUGGCUCUGUGGGCUUCGUGGGCAUGCGGUCAGGUU